AUGGCUGGUCCUGGUGAAGGGGCUGCAGUGGUGGCUCCUCUGAGCCUCUGCAACAUCUCCUGGCCGGCAGCGGGGAUCGUGGAGGACGUGGGGGUGGUUUGCGAGGGUGAGUGUCCCCACGCUCCCCCCGGGGCACAGGGUGGGUGGGCAGCCGGCCCCCGCCGCCAUCUGGACUCCGUCCCCGCCGCAGGGAGCUGGCGCGUGCGGCUGGCGAACGGGCCCGGGCGCUGUGCCGGGAGAGUGGAGAUCUACUCCCAGGGCAGCUGGGGCAGCGUCUGCGAUGACGGCUGGGACCUGCCCGAUGCCGCCGUUGUGUGCCGGCAGCUGGGCUGCGGAGGGGCCGUGCGGGCGCCGGGCUCUGCCGCCUUUGGGGAGGGCUCCGGGCACAUCUGGCUGGACGGCGUCAACUGCUCCGGGGCUGAAGCCGCUCUCUGGGACUGCCCGGCCGGGCCCUGGGGGCGGCACGACUGCGGGCACAAAGAGGACGCCGGAGCCGUCUGCUCAGAGUUCACGGCCCUGAGGCUGGAGAACAGCGACUGCUGCUCCGGCCGCCUGCAGGUUUUCUACAACGGGACGUGGGGCAGCGUUUGCUCCAACUCGCUGACUCUCAAGACGGUGUCUCUGACGUGCAAGGAGCUGGGCUGCGGGGACACAGGGACCCUGGAAUCGCUCCUGCCCCAUGGCAGGGUGUCUGGCCCCGCCUGGCUGGACAACAUCCAGUGUGGGGAGAGAACCAGCUCUUUCUGGCAGUGUCCCUCUGCUCCCUGGAACACGCAGUCCUGUGUCGAUCUGCGGGAGGAGAUCCACAUCACCUGCAACGGGCUGUGCCCACCGUCCCGCUGCCCCAGCAGCUCCGUGCCUCCUGCAGACAGGGAGAGGAUCCGCGCCGUGGGAGGAGAGGACGGCUGCUCGGGCCGGGUGGAGCUGUGGCACCGCGGCUCCUGGGGGACGGUGUGCGACGACGCGUGGGACGUGCGGGAUGCCGAGGUGGCCUGCAGGCAGCUGGGCUGUGGGCCCGCCGUGGCCGCCCUGCCCGAGGCUGCCUUUGGGGAGGGCACGGGCCCCGUCUGGCUGGAGAAGGUGGAGUGUCUGGGCACAGAGGUGGCUCUGCAGCACUGCAGGGCCUGGCCCGGGGACCGCGGGCUCUGCCGGCACAAGGAGGACGCGGCCGUGCGCUGCGCGGGUCCCACACGAGGCCGUGUGAGCAGCGACAGGAGAGUCUUGGUGCCCGUCAUUGUCUGCAUCGUCCUGGGGGCCCUUCUCUGCCUGCUCCUGGCCCUCCUGGCCGGGCAAGUGCUGGGGCGCAGAGGCUCCAGGAGAGCUCAGCAGCCCUUCCCCGAGGCCGUGUAUGAGGAGAUCGGUUACAGCCUGGCGUGGAAGGAGCAGGAGAGGUUUGGGCACUCAGGCUCCUCCUCAGAGGGGUCCCUGCCCUGGCUGCAGCCCUCCCCUGUGGCCAGCGAGGAGGAGGAUGCUGUGGGAGCAGCUCCAGACAGCCCUGUCCUGCCCGCAGGCGGCUCAGCGGAUGGCUACGAUGAUGCCAGGGAGGUUUCUGAGCCUGAGGAGGCUGCCGGCCCUGGGCAGGGAGCUUGGCAAAGGCCCAGGGAGCUGGAGGAGGGAGCAGGUCCUGGGGACGCGGCAGGAGGGGCGAAGCUGCGCUCCCGCAGAAGCGCCGGGGUCCCUGGAGCUGGAGGAGAGCCCUCGUCCCUGUCCCGGGGGAGCUGCAGCUAUGACGAUGCCCAAGAGGUGCCUGUGGCACGUCCCUGUGAGGACACCGAGGCCGUGACACAGCAGGUCGGGGCACAACAGCCCCCGACGGCCCGUCCGGGAGAGUCCGGCACUGCCGCGAGGCUGCAGCAGCUGGGAGAGCCCUGA